UUAUAAGUUGUCCUGCUUACUGAGUCAAUGGACAGAGGAAAUCGCACUGUGGUAUCUGAGUUUGUUUUCCUGGGACUCACCAAUUCUUGGGAUAUUCAACUUCUACUCUUUGUGUUUUCCUCUGUGUUCUACUUGGCAAGCAUGCUGGGAAAUUCCCUCAUUGUGCUCACAGUGACUUCUGAUCCUCACUUACACUCCCCCAUGUACUUUCUGCUGGCCAACCUUUCCUUCAUUGACCUGGGGAUUUCCUCUGUCACGUCUCCUAAGAUGAUAUGUGACCUUUUCAGAAAGCAUAAAGUCAUUUCAUUCUCUGGAUGCAUCACUCAGAUGUUCUUCAUUCACCUGAUUGGUGGUGUUGAGAUGGUACUACUUAUAGCCAUGGCUUUUGAUAGGUAUGUUGCCAUAUGUAAGCCUCUCCAUUAUGUGAUUAUUAUGGGUCCAAGAAUGUGCACUUUGCUUUUGGUUGCUGCUUGGAUCAUUGGCCUCAUCCACUCUGUGGUCCAAUUGGCUUUUGUAAUCAACCUGCCCUUCUGUGGGCCCAAUGAACUGGACAGUUUUUAUUGUGAUCUCCCUCGGUUCAUCAAACUUGCCUGCACAGAUACAUAUAGGCUUCAAUUCAUGGUAACUGCCAAUAGUGGCUUUAUGUCAUUAGGUGUCUUUCUCAUUUUGAUCAUCUCCUACAUUUUCAUCCUAAUCACUGUUCAAAAACAUUCAUCAAGUGGUUCCUCUAAGGCCCUUUCUACACUUUCAGCUCACAUCAUUGUGGUGAUUUUGUUCUUUGGUCCAAUCAUCUUUUUCUAUGCAUCUCCAUUCAAUACAUCACAUCUGGAUAAAUUUCUUGCUAUCUUUGAUGCAAUUUUGACUCCUUUUUUGAAUCCAGUCAUCUACACACUAAGGAAUAAAGAGAUGAAGUUGGCAAUGAGAAGAGUGUGUAGUCAGCUUGUGAGUUUCAGGAAAAUCUCUUAA